AUGGAGGGUGGCCUGGCUGGUGCGAGCACAGGAGAUGGGCCGGUGAUGAAGAUCAAGCAAGAGAAGCCCGAGUGGCUGCUGCAGACGCUGAUGCCGCAGGCCGUGCUCUCUGAGAAGGAUAAGGAAAACAUUUUCCAGCAGCAUCGGGGCCUCCCGCCUUGCCAGACCGUGGGGAAGCCUCGGGCCCUGGGGGGACAGGAGGAGCCUGGGGGUCCAAGAUGGGCCCCUCCCCCUGAGCAGGCCGGGGGGCUGGCGGGCCGGGCUCUCUCUGCCGGCGAGGGUCACUUCGUGUGCCUGGACUGCGGGAAGAGGUUCAGCUGGUGGUCGUCCCUGAAGAUCCACCAGCGCACCCACACCGGGGAGAAGCCGUACCUGUGCGGCAAGUGCGGCAAGAGCUUCAGCCAGAAGCCCAACCUGGCGCGCCACCAGCGCCACCACACGGGCGAGCGGCCCUUCUGCUGCCCCGAGUGCGCGAGGCGCUUUAGCCAGAAGCAGCACCUGCUCAAGCACCAGAAGACCCACGCGCGGCCCGCCACCCACUCGUGCCCCGAGUGCGCGCGCUGCUUCCGCCACCAGGUGGGCCUCCGCAUCCACCAGUGCGGCCGCCGCUUCAGCCAGAAGCCCAACCUGACGCGGCACCGGCGCAACCACACGGGCGAGCGGCCCUACCUGUGCGCCGCGUGCGGCCGCGGCUUCAGCCAGAAGCAGCACCUGCUCAAGCACCAGCGCGUGCACCGGGGGGCCAUGGCGCCCGCCCCCAGCGCCAAGGACCAGGCGCUUUACGGGCUGGACGUUGGGACUGGUGUGGGUGUGGUGGCCGGACUGGCACGACAGGGGCUGCCCUGCUCAGGGAGGCCAAGGGCCCGGGAUCUCAGCAACACCUACUUGAAACACGGGGAAAGUUCGGGAGUCAUCUGCUUCUUCCACUUUGCCACUCAGAAAAUCCUGAGGCCAACUCCAGCAAAGCCCACCUCCUCCAGGAAGGCGUCCCGGAAGCUGGCGUCCUCGGGGGGCGGGUCCCCUGCGGGGGACGGGGAGGAGGGUCUGGGGGACGAGCGAGGCCUGGUCAUCCACCACCCCGCGGAGGAGCAGCCUCACCGCUGCCCGCUGUGCGGCCAGACCUUCUCGCAGCAGCCCAGCCUGGUGCGCCACCAGAAGGCACACGCUGGGGUGGGCCGCGCGGCCGCCUUCGUGUGCCCCGAGUGCGGCAAGGCCUUCAGCGUCAAGCACAACCUGGAGGUGCACCAGCGCACGCACACCGGCGAGAGGCCCUUCCCCUGCCCGGAGUGUGGCCGCUGCUUCAGCCUCAAGCAGAACCUGCUCACGCACCAGCGCAUCCACAGCGGCGAGAAGCCGCACCAGUGCGCGCAGUGCGGCCGCUGCUUCCGCGAGCCGCGCUUCCUGCUCAACCACCAGCGCACCCACGCGCGCAUGCCCGCACCGCACCCGCGCCGCCCCGGCGUGUUCGGGGAGCGGCGGCCCUACUUCUGUGCCCGCUGCGGCAAGAGCUUCGCGCGCGAGGGCUCGCUCAAGACCCACCAACGCAGCCACGGCCACGGGCCCGAGGGCCAGGCGGCCCAUUUAGGCCGCGUGCUAUGA